GCUUAGGACGCAACUAACUAGCCAGGCCGCUACUGUUCAGGACACUUUGCUCGACCUGAAGCGACAACUUCAGGACAUGGCGGCGAGGUUAGAGCGAGUGACAUCUACUAUGGUGGUGGAUUGGACUGAGAGUUGCCACUAUGGUAUCCAGGGAGAGGCAGUACGAGGUCUAUUUGGAUAUCAGCCUGCAACAGGGUCCGCCCAAGAGCCAGCUAUUGGAAGAGUUAUUAUGGAGCCAGCAGAGGCAGAAGCCAAAAGAGAGGCGGAGAGAGAAGCCUUUGAGUUCAGGGUGCCUACCAAGUUGGCUACUCAGCGUGCACCCUCGUGCGAGCCAGUGUCAGUAUCCCUGCCGAUGCCAGCCGAGAGUGGACCGCAAGGGGCUACGAGUGAGCAUGCUCAGGGAUCAAAUGAGGGGUCCAUGGAUGUACUCUUGGAGGCACUCAGCAGUAUGCCAGAGGGAGUGAGCACACCUAUGCCUGAGGAGAGGGUAGAGACACCUCGCGAGGAGGAGACAGUGAUCACUGUGGAAGGCAUGUGCAGGGGUAAGCCACAGAGGCUGGACACACCUGAGUACAUGCCAGAGGCAGGGGGAGCACAGGGUGUGGUGGAUAUUCGGGCAUCAGAGUCAGGACCUGAGGAGCACGUAGGAGCACCCCUAUGUCAUGAGCUGGCCAGAGAGGCUACAAAAACACCCCCAUCGCCUGAUUCCCGUAGGAAGAGGAAGACGUACAAAAGGUUGAGUGAUCAGUCUUGUUUCUUUUACAAGAAGAGGGAGCAUCGGGCUCUGCAGUGCCCAAAAUUCCUCAAGGACAAGGCGGCAGGAAAGUUCACAGAGAAGGAUCGUAGAAUGUAUGAUAGGAUGGGGCAGUUGGUAGAGUGGUUCACUGAUGGGAGUAGGGCUCAGUUGUACAGCCAAAACCUGGAAGAGAUGAGUGAGUAGGACUGGUUUGCCUAUGCAUCAAUAGGAGAGUCCUCGUUGCUAGGAUAUAGUUCUGAUAAUCGGGUAGGCAUAGACUCUUCUUGUGUAUGGGGACUGAGUCGAGUGUGUAUAUACCUGAGUUAGCGGUUUGCGUUUUUGUUUUUGGUCUCUCGUACUCACACUGUUUAGUUAUGUAUAGGUAACUCUGCAACAUGAGACUGUCUUCCUUACUAUUUGGGAGUUAGGACUCAGCUGUGCGAUAUGUGGAUUAAGUUGAGGGUGUUGUGCAUUCAUGA